AUGGCAGCAGAGCUGCCUAUAGAUGAUGAGGUGGCUCAUGGAAACAUGCCUGCAAAAGGCACCAAAGUAGCAAAGCUUGUUGCUACGGCCAAAGGUUUCUUGCCUGAGUGUAAGGUGCAAGAUUUCCCACCUGAGCCAGAGAUGGCUUGCAUGAAAAUGGCCAUGGAUGGCCAUGGUGUCCAAGCAGGCAGUGCCAGCAAGCCUGAAAAAAGGCUCACCAAAAAAACUCCUCAGCCUGCAGAAGGCUCAACUGUGAAGGAACCUUCCCAACCCAGCCAGCCUGCAAAGGCUAUUGCAGAGGAGAACUCACAGCCAAAGAUCAUGUUGGCAGAGGCUGUGGACAGCAGCCAGAGCAUGGCUGAAAGUGAAACUGCUUCCCAGAUCAGCUUGCAGGAAAUUUCUUCCAGUUGCCAGUUCAAAGACAGCACCAGAAAAAAAGCCAGCAAUGGCUCCCAAGCCUGCAAAGGCUGUGCACAUGGCAACCCAGAACACUUGGGUUGCCAGUUGCAGUUUUGGUUGGGUCAAAAUGGGCAGCUUCAGUGA